AUGGCGCCCAGCUCGAAAUCGGAGCGGAACAGCGGGGCCGGGAGCGCCGGCGGCGGCCCUGGGGGGACCGGGGGGAAGCGGGCGGUGGGGCGGCGGCGGGAACACGUUCUCAAGCAGCUGGAGCGAGUCAAGAUCAGUGGGCAGCUCUCACCUCGUCUUUUCCGGAAGCUGCCCCCUAGGGUCUGCGUGUCCCUCAAGAACAUCGUAGAUGAGGAUUUUCUCUAUGCAGGCCAUAUCUUCCUGGGAUUUUCCAAGUGUGGCCGCUAUGUCCUCUCCUACACCAGCAGCAGUGGGGAUGACGACUUCUCCUUCUACAUUUAUCACCUCUACUGGUGGGAGUUCAACGUUCACAGCAAGCUCAAGCUGGUCCGGCAGGUGCGGCUCUUCCAGGAUGAGGAGAUCUACAGUGACCUGUACCUGACUGUGUGUGAGUGGCCUAGCGACGCUUCCAAGGUCAUCGUGUUUGGUUUCAACACCCGCUCAGCCAACGGGAUGCUCAUGAACAUGAUGAUGAUGAGCGAUGAGAACCAUCGUGACAUCUACAUCAGCACAGUGGCUGUGCCACCUCGGGGCCGCUGUGCUGCCUGCCAGGACGCCAGUCGUGCUCACCCAGGGGACCCAAGCGCACAGUGCCUGCGGCACGGCUUCAUGCUGCACACCAAAUACCAGGUGGUGUACCCCUUCCCCACCUUCCAGCCUGCCUUCCAACUCAAGAAGGACCAGGUGGUGCUGCUCAACACCAGCUACUCUCUGGUGGCCUGUGCUGUCUCCGUCCACGUGGCAGGUGACAGCAGUUUCUGCCAAAUCCUGUAUGACCACACAGCUUUGCCCCCAGCCCCACCCAGCUCUCCAGGACCUUGGAGCCCUGAGACAGUUCCCUCUUUCUCCGGCCUUGGUGUUGAGGUGGUCCCAGCCCUGCCUUCUGGAGCCCCUGAGCCCUCACCAGCCAUUGCCAAGGCCAAGGAGUUUGUGGCUGACAUCUUUCGCAGGGCCAAAGAGGCCAAGGGUAGUAGUACCUUGGAGGAAGCUCGGCUGCCCUCUGACUUGGGGCCCUCAAACAGCCGCUGCCGCCCACCUUUAGAGCCGCAAGUCCCAAGUAGGGACACGGUCCCCGGGGAAAGCCCUCCUGCUGCAGAGACCACGGUUCCCGAGCCUGGCUACGUCAAUUACACCAAGCUGCACUAUGUGUUACAGUCUGGGGAAGGGACAGAGCCUGAGGAUGAGUUUGAGGAUGACAAGAUCUCCCUGCCCUUUGUGGUGACUGAUCUCCGUGGCCGCAACUUACGGCCCAUGCGAGAGCGGACAGACAUGCAGGGCCAGUACCUGACAGUGGAGCAGCUUACCCUGGACUUUGAGUAUGUCAUCAAUGAGGUCAUCCGCCAUGAUGCCACCUGGGGUCACCAGUUCUGCUCUUUCAGUGACUAUGAUAUAGUCAUCUUGGAGGUCUGCCCAGAAACUAAUCAGGUCCUGAUCAACAUUGGUUUGCUGCUCUUGGCCUUCCCAGCGCCCACUGAAGAGGGCCAGCUUCGACCCAAGACCUAUCACACCAGUCUCAAGGUGGCCUGGGACCUCAACACGGGCAUCUUUGAGACCAGUCAGCUGGCAGUGUCUGGAAGCUCCUACCGAAAGAGUUGUGUGGACAUGGUCAUGAAAUGGCUGGUGCCCGAGAGCAGUGGCCGCUAUGGAACAGAAUGA